GCUGUCAAAACAAUGUAAUGAAACAAAAUUUUACCUUUAUAAUUUAUUCACUGAGCUGAAAAUUUACCAUCUUUCAUUAUUUCACAAGCAUGAAGCUUUUGGCAUGCCAAUCUUAGCAGUAUGCAGGAUGGUUCUCAUAUGUGAACCUGGUGAAUGGCUUAGCUCACCUAUAGUCUUGGUAGCUCAGUGGUUAGAAUGUCCAGCCGGCGUGUGGGGGGUGAUGGUUGCGAAUACUGUUGGGGACUCCGAUUUUUUCUUUGUCCCAUGCUCAUGGCAAUGAAAAUUUUAUACGUAUCAAAACAACGUAAGAUGCAGUAAAUGACAAAGGAUGGGAGAACUGGAAUGCUUGGCUAUUCAAAGUCAUUUGAAUGUAAUUUGUCAGGCAUAAACUAAGAAUCGUAUUCAUAUUGGCACGCAAAGUAACCCUUCUCCCCACCCACCCACACUAUUGAGUGAUCAGUGUUUGGCUUUCACUGUUUCAACAGCAGACUCCAAAGGAAAGAAAGGCUUUCCACCUCACAUUAACUGCAGGCAGACCACUCUAUGUGUUUAUGGUUAAUAAUUAACCACGAACACAUAAAGUGGUCUACCUGUGGUUAAUGUGAGGUGGAAAACCUUUCUUUCCUUUGAAGUCUGCUGUUGAGUGAAGUGAUUUACUUAUCACACCUUCCAACAACCUACCAUUUACCAUUGAUUGGUCAAAAAGAAUACAAAACUCUGAACAGUGAACAGGGUGGGGGGGGGGGCGGAAUUGGAGGAUGAGAAGGUUUUGACAGCUGUGUUUGCUGUUCACAUAUGGCAGAUGGUCUAGCAUAUUAAAACUGCUUUCUUCAUUUUUCUCCUUGUUAGAUACUUAGCCGUGGUAUUUACAGCUUGAUACUAUUAAUGGAAGUAUGGCUUGUAAACAAACUAGUAGUUACAAAACAGUUUCAAAAGUACAUUGACCUACCGUCCCCUCCCUUACCCCUGCUUUCACGGACAACCUCGUUUCCAGUUCCUCAGAGUUUUUCAUUCAAAAUGGCGGCGAUGUUUGACUACGAAAUUAAGUGCGAUUUUCCAGUCUUAAUAUCACGAAAAAGCUCAGGGAAAUAGAUUGAGGUUCUAUUUUUGUUUAGAAAAUGGAGCGUUAUCACAUUUUGCAGCUAAUCGGAGAGGGUUCGUUUGGAAAAGUGUACAAAGGUAGAAAGAAAUACAGUGGGCAGGUUGUGGCAUUAAAAUUCAUUCCUAAAGUUGGCAGAUCUGAAAAAGAGCUAAAGAAUUUGCAGAGGGAAAUUGACAUCAUGAGGAACCUAGAGCAUGAAAACAUCAUCAAAUUACUGGACUCCUUUGAAACACCUAAAGAGGUUUGUGUUGUAACAGAGUACGCUGAAGGAGAAUUAUUCCAGGUAUUAGAAGAUGAUGGUUCUCUUCCAGAGCAGCAGGUCAGAAAGAUUGCCUGCCAACUUGUCAAGGCCUUGUACUAUCUGCACUCUCACAGGAUUCUUCAUAGAGACAUGAAACCACAAAACAUUCUCCUUGGAAAGGGAGGAGUAGUCAAGCUCUGUGAUUUUGGAUUUGCAAGAGCCAUGAGUAUAAACACCCUUGUAUUGACAUCAAUUAAGGUACAAGUAAAUAAUUUUCUAGGUUACUAGUUUUUAUUUGAUUAUCUCCUAGGCCAUUUUGAUGAGCAACUUAUUGUAGAGGGAAACCAGUUGGUGAUCAAUGGAAAGCAAAUAAACCCUUUAAAAAAAUUAAUUGGAAUUUUUGGGGACACUUCCCACCUUCCAUU